ACAUAAAACUCGAUGCGAGGCAAGGAACGAUGCUCGAUCGUAAAGCUCCGGCUGUUAGCUCGAUCGUUCCCGAACGUGCAAUGAUUCAAUGGUGGAAGGGCGUGGGCAGUUGUUACGCGGUUGGGACCACUUGUGAAAAGGAACCAGAGGCACCUGCACACCGCCCACGAGAAGAAGAAGAGGAGGAGAACGCCAAGGGCCCGGUGUAUCCCAGACGCUGGAGCAUGCACGAUGGAAUCGUCGCUGUUAUUAUCGCCACGGUGUCCGUCAUAAAUCUCACGGCUCGCGGACGUUUCAAAAAUGCCGCCUCCCUUCCGAGAUCCUGUUGUAUUGUACGUAGAGCCGACAGGCCCAGACAGAGGGAGCCGCGUGCUGACUCACGUAUAGACACGUGCACGGACCCACGGCGUGGACCAUUGUUGGUGGCUGCUGCUGUCCGAGAACGAGAGCUGUCUCGCCAUAUGCGGCAAGGACGCCGAUGACUGCGGUGUAUUGGGCCUCGUAAUGGGCCUUACGCGCACCUUUACCCGCGCUUAGAGCCUUUGGAAUUGGAGGAAAGUACAAGGAUGGUGAACGAUGGUAGAAUGUGUUCUGGAUUACGAUUAAUAUAUUUAUUAUCGUAUUCGUGAUAUUGAAAAACCAAGGAGUUAGGAAUGUUUCAAUUUAGGUUUUUCCAUAAAUUAAAAUAUAUUAUUAUUCCUGGGAUGA